AUGGCAGUAAUCAAGAGACUCUUUAUCAAGGCUUCUAAUAAUUACGACUCAAACUUCCAAAUUGUUCCUGUAAACACAAACCAACCACUCGAAAUCAAAUCCGAUAUUGGGGUUUUCAAACUUUUAGUCAACAUUAAGCAAUUUGAUGGGUCGCAACCCCAUUUGUCAAACAGUCUAUACAAUCAAGACGACAAGACCUACCUCAAUGGGGAGAAAAUAGACUUUAAUUCUGUUCAAAAGGAUGAAGGACCACAGCCAAACUUAAGAAUCAAUAUCGAAUUUACGCCAAAGGAAGAUAUCAAAGGAGGCGACUUGCUAUUUGGUAAUGACUUUACCUAUGCGAUCAAAGAUUAUGUUCCCACAACCUUGAUGAACACAGGCUUGAAGCUAUUCAACUGGUUCAUUAAUGACACUGUCAAGGGGGACGUUUACAAUGAUAAACCAUAUCUUUAUGGCUUAGCAUUGAACAGUUUCAGCUACAUUGGGAUAAACCAACCAAAGCCAUUGGGCAUUAUUGAUGAGAAGUCACACCCAAUGAAUUACAAAGAGGAUUUCAAAGGAUCGGUUGAAAAUCCACCUUCCUCAUCAAAUGAAAGAAAGAAACGCUUCAAUACAACUGCAAAAUGUGAAGAAUUCACAUUCGACAAAGGACAAAAGUACAAUUUUCAAUUUGACACUGAUUUCUUGAAACUCGCCGAUUCCAAGUAUUUAGUAUCUAUCCCAAAGUUUGACUUUGAUGUCAGCAAAUACGCCAAUGAUACUUUAAACAACGUCAAUUGGGUCAUAAAAGAAGGGGGAUUUGAGGGUGUCGGACUUGGAAAGUUGGGUUUGAUUAUCAAUUUUGCGUUGAAGACUGAGGAGAAGGAAGAACAAUAG